UGAUUGGCAUGUCGACAUGAUCUGCUCAAAAUGCAAACUGUUGCCGUAAUAUGUAUAAAAUGCAACGUAGACUUUCGAUUAUCACUAUAACCAUUGCAUCAAUUAUGGAGUUCAUAAGAAGUCAGAGAGGCGCGGCAAAGCUUUGUUAUGAAGGGUUCACGUACACGAAGAAAAAGGAGACGAAGUCGACGAUGCGAUGGGAAUGUUCCCAGCGUCGAAGCGAGAAUUGCAAGGGUACCGCCACUACGGACAAUCCACCAACACGGGUGAUUUCCUCAACAGAUCACGUCCACGUCAACGACCAAUUCUACGUGGAGGCGUUGAAGGUGCGACAAGAAAUCACGGCCGCGGUGAUCUCGAAUGGGGGCCAGCCUCAUAGGAUCCUGGCGGACAAGCUGGUACAGCAUCCAGUGGAGGUCCGAGUGGCAGCGGGUACUACCGAGACCAUAAAGAGACAUAUGCGUGCUAAGAAGGCAGGGCAGACACCGAAGAACCCUGAGAAACUCGAGGACAUACCAAUUCCAUUCCCGGAGGCCUACAGGACCAAACUGAUCUACGAUAACGAGUCCACGCGUAGUAGGAUGCUGGUGUUUGCCUCUGAGGCUGGGUUGGGACUUCUUGAGUCGGCGACAACGUGGUUCAUGGACGGAACGUUCUCUACCGCUCCACAUGUGUUCGACCAAGUGUUCACCGUGCGUGUGCCACUUGGAGAGACGUCGGGGACAGUAGCAUAUGCCUUGCUGCCAUCCAAGGACCAAACUUCGUAUGAGGAGUGCAUGACAGCUGUACUGGAUGCGUGUCUAACUAGGGACAUCCGUCCAACUCCGUCCAAGGUCGUGUGCGACUUCGAGGUGGCCAUCCAUAAUGCUGUUCGUCAGGUUAUGGCGAACGAUAUCCAGAUACAGGGCUGCUUCUACCACCUUACGCAGAGUACCUGGCGUCGUAUACAGGGGGACGGCCUGCAGGUCCUAUACAGAGAGGAUGAAGAAAUAAGACAGUUCUGCGGACGACUCGACGGUCUGGCGUUGCUACCGACGGAUAAGGUGCUAGAAGGCAUGGCCAUCUUAAAGGACACGGCCCCUUCAGCGCUGACUGGGAUCGUCGACUACUUCGACAAUACCUACGUGAGCGGCGGAUUUCGGUCCGUGAGGACCGCUGACGGCAUGAUGCGCUUCAGGAGAACGCCGCCCCGUUUCCCGCUAGAUAUCUGGAACGUACACGCUGCAACAGUCAGUGACGAAGCUAGGACCAACAACCUGUGCGAGGCUUGGAACAAUGGGUUCCAAGUUUUGGUUGGGCACCAGCAUCCGUCUCUGUGGACUGUAGUUGACUGCUUCAUGAAAGACGCCGCUAUGGUGGAGACUGAGGUGUAUCGCGUGCGCAACAGUGAGCCUUCAAUUAAGCCGAAGAAGAAGUCAACAGAGCGAUACCAGCGGCGUCUGAAGACUUUGUGCGAGCAGGUGGCGAGUGGUGAGAAGAGUGUGAGUCAGUUUUUGAACGUUGUCGGCGGACUUGUGCGAUUGAAGUAG